AUGACGGGUGAUCGUGAACAAACUGGGGAGCCAAUUGCCAUUGUGGGAAGCGCCUGUCGCUUUCCUGGUGAUGCAACAACACCAUCGAAGCUGUGGGAUCUGCUCAAGGACCCCCGUGACGUCUUGACUGAGAUUCCGGAAAGGCGAUUUAGCACCAAGGCCUUUUACCACCCUGAUGGUCUGCACCAUGGCACGACGAACGUCCGACACUCCUACCUCUUGUCCGACGACCACCGGCUGUUCGACGCCCAGUUCUUUGGAACGAAGCCAGUCGAAGCGAACUCGAUUGAUCCGCAGCAGAGGUUGCUGCUGGAGACGGUCUAUGAGGGCUUGGAAGCUGCCGGUAUCCCUAUGGAGGGUCUCCAGGGAUCCAACACCGCGGUUUAUGUUGGACUGAUGACAAACGACUAUGCCGAUAUGCUAGGACGAGAUGUCCAGAACUUUCCUACAUACUUUGCCUCCGGAACUGCGCGCAGUAUCCUGUCCAACCGAAUCUCUUACUUCUUUGACUGGCGCGGCCCGUCCAUGACCAUCGACACAGCCUGCUCUUCUAGCUUGAUUGCACUACACCAGGCCGUGCAAAGCCUGAGAAGUGGCGAGAGCAAUGUCGCAAUUGCCGCCGGAACCAAUCUCCUCCUUGGACCUGAGCAGUACAUUGCAGAGAGCAAGUUGAAGAUGCUUUCUCCAACAGGGCGCUCGCGAAUGUGGGACAAGGAUGCUAAUGGAUACGCUCGUGGUGACGGUAUCGCUGCCGUCAUUCUCAAGCCAUUGAGUGCUGCUCUGGCUGAUGGUGAUCACAUCGAGUGUAUCGUCCGGGAAACAGGUGCCAACCAAGAUGGUCGCACGAAAGGAAUCACCAUGCCGAACCCUGUGGCUCAGGCGGAUCUCAUUCGGACGACAUAUGCUCGAGCUGGACUCGAUCUUUCUAAACCCAGUGACCGACCGCAAUACUUCGAAGCUCACGGAACCGGUACCCCUGCCGGUGACCCAGUCGAGGCCGAGGCCAUCAGCACUGCUUUCUUCGGAAAGACCGCUAAUUACCACCGGAAGAGUAGCCACGAAGACCCCUUGUAUGUUGGAUCUAUCAAGACUGUCAUCGGACACACCGAAGGUACAGCUGGCUUGGCGGCCGUUCUCAAGGCAUCACUAGCAUUGCAACAUGCAGUGAUCCCGCCAAACCUCUUGCUCAACGAGUUGAGUGCAACAGUGCGACCCUUCUACAAUGACCUAGAGAUUGCCCAGGCUGCCAAGCAAUGGCCUAAACUCCCAGAUAAUACUCUCCGUCGUGCUAGUGUUAACAGUUUCGGCUUCGGCGGUGCAAAUGCGCAUGCCAUUUUGGAAGAGUACAACCCGCGAUUGAUUGGAUGUACCUCGAGUGAGGCCAAAACAGGAAUUGUGUCCCCGUUCAAUUUUUCUGCAUCUUCUGAGAAAUCGCUUCUCGGAAAUGUGGCUGCAUACUCGGCAUAUAUCAAGAGUCACCCUGAUAUCAAUUUGCGCGACCUCUCAUGGACUCUGAACUGCCGCCGGUCCACAUUGCCGGUGCGGCUCGCGGUCUCUGCAUCGAACACCGAAGGCCUUGUUGCAAAACUAGAUGAUGCAGUGCAAUCAUCCACUGGUAUUACACCAGCCACCCAGACAGCAACUAUCCGUGAGCCGAAGAUUCUUGGUGUGUUUACGGGUCAAGGUGCACAAUGGGCUCGAAUGGGCGCGGAGCUGCUUGAGAGUUCAUCAAUGGCACGGGAAUGUCUUGCUCGUCUUGAUCGCUCCCUACAGGAAUUGCCCGUAGAGCAUCGCCCAGAGUGGUCCUUGAGUGAAGAGCUUCUCAAAGACAAGAAUUCUUCCCAAAUUGGUCUGGCGACAUUCUCACAGCCCCUGUGUACCGCUGUUCAGAUUGUCCUAGUCCAACUUCUCCACGCCGCUAAUAUUAAGUUCAAGACUGUUGUCGGCCACUCAUCUGGUGAAAUUGCUGCAGCAUACGUUGCAGGUUAUCUCAAUGAAGAGGAUGCUAUUCGGAUUGCUUACUACCGCGGAUGGUCCCUUCAGUAUGCGAACGACAAGGAAGGACCGAAGGGUGCUAUGAUGGCUGCGGGUACAUCCUUCGAUGAUGCCAAGGAGCUUUGCGAGAUGCCCUCGCUAGAAGGUCGAAUCUGCGUAGCGGCCAGCAACUCCGCCGCCAGUGUCACGCUCUCUGGCGAUGCAGAUGCGAUUGACGAGGCCCAGGAAAUUCUCGAAGACGAGAAGAAGUUUGCGCGCCUUUUGAAGGUCGAUAAGGCAUACCACUCUCACCACAUGCUAUCCUGUGCAGCACCCUACAUUGCAGCAAUCCGCAAGUGUGGCAUAACUAUUCAGUCUCGGCCCAGUGGCAGCCCUACAUGGAUCUCCAGUGUAUAUGGCGAGAAUAUCGACGACGUCCACGACAAUCUUGCUGACACUUACUGGAGCAAUAACAUGGUCAAUCCUGUUCUAUUUUCCCAGGCAGUAACCUAUGCCGUUGGUGCCGCCGGCCCAUUUGACAUGGCAUUGGAGGUUGGACCUCACCCAGCGCUGAAGGGGCCCGCAAUGCAAACUAUCCAAGAAGUGUCUGGUCAAUCAUUACCCUACACGGGAACCUUGAACCGUGGCAAGAAUGACCGGGAAGCCUUCGCAUCCGCUCUUGGCGCCUUGUGGCUAUCACUAGGAGAGAGCGUCGUGGACUUUGCCGGCUUCGAGAGCAAGGCCACACGGAACACUGAACAACCGGCAUUGAUCAAAGGACUUCCAUCGUACUCGUGGGAUCACGACCGAGUUUACUGGCACGAGUCUCGGUCUUCCAUUGCUUUCCGCACUGAGAGUGAACUUUUCCAUUCUCUGCUUGGUGUUAAAUGCCCAGACGGAACCGACAAAGAGCUGCGCUGGCGCAACUACCUUCAUCCCCGUGAAGUCUCUUGGCUGGCUCAUCACCAAGUUCAGGGACAGAUGGUGUUCCCUGCGGCCGGGUAUAUCUCAGCGGCAGUUGAGGCAGUCGCUCAGAAGUAUGGUCUGCAGUCCGUGAAGCUGAUCGACUUCCAUGAUGUGAUCAUUGGCCAAGCCUUGGUCCUCGAGGAGAAUGGUGGAGUCGAGACCAUUUUCAGACUCUCCAUCGAGGAGGUCCGGAGUGAUUCAGUGUCGGCGUCUUUUGCUUGUCAUUCCAGCGCUAACAAGGGAUCAUCCAAUAUGUCCCUGCAUGCAUCUGCCUCACUGCAAAUUAUAUUGGGCGAUCCAAAAGAUGAUACUCUCCCCCCUCGACCGGAAACCCAUGGAAUCUUCCUCGAGUUGGAAGCUGACCGUUUCUACAACACAGUUUCUGAACUUGGGUUUGGCUAUACGGGUCCCUUCCAGGCCCUCUCCGGCUUAAGCAGGAAGAUGGACGAGGCCACAGGUCUCAUUGCUGUCCCAGAAGUUGAUGAACAUGAGAGACCAUUGAUCAUUCACCCGGGCUCACUCGACGGUGCCAUCCAGUCGAUCAUGUUGGCUUAUUGUUUCCCAGGAGACGGUCGUCUACGCACCCUCUACCUGCCUACUCGAAUUGACAGGCUUCGUCUGAACCCUUCUGCUUGUGCUGCCCUCGCCGCGCCUGGGGCAACUAUGCCGUUCUACUCCACAGUCACGGAUGCCCGGUUUGCUGAGCUCUCUGGUGAUGUUGAUAUUUUCUCCACAGACGGAGAACAUACCUUGGUUCAACUUGAAGGGUUGCAUACUACUCCGCUCAGUCCGUUGACACCUGCCAACGACGUUCCCUUCUUCACGGAGGUGAUUUGGGAUGUCGAUGGGCCGACCGGCACCAAGGCCACUACAGAAGUGACACCGCAAGACCAUAUCCUGGGAUUGGAUCUUGAGCGCAUCGCUCACUUCUACUUCAAGAAGAUUUAUAGUUCGAUUUCCCGGUCGGAACGUGCGAAGGCCGCCUGGAACCAUGUCCAUCUUUUGUCUUAUGCCCAGCAUUGCAUCUCUUCUGUUGCUUCUGGAAAGCACAAGAUUGCAAAGGCCGAAUGGGCUAACGAUACAUUAGAUGAUAUCACUCCAAUUUUGGACCGUAACGCUGAGAGCAUCGAUGUCAAGGCUCUCUCUGCAAUUGGCGAGAAUCUACCUGCUAUCAUUCGCGGUGAGAAGAACCUGCUUGAAAUUCUUAUGCAAGAUAACAUGCUUGGUAGUUUCUAUGCCAAAACUCUUGGAAUUGAUUUUUACCUUGGAGAAAUUGCCCGCAUGUCUAGUCAGAUCAGCCACCGAUAUCCCCACCUGAACGUCCUAGAGAUUGGCGCUGGCGCUGGCGCCGCCACCGAGAGAGUUCUGCCUGCAAUGGGCUCGGCGUUCACCUCCUACACAUACUCUGAUAUUCUGGACAGCCAGUUCGAUGAUGUCCGUGAGAAAUUCUCGGAGUACCAAUCCAGGAUGGCAUUCAAGGUUCUGGACAUUGAACAGGAUAUUAUCGAACAGGGGUACGAAGCGGAAUGCUUCGACCUGGUGAUUGCUCCCUUGGCCCUUUACGCCACGAAGAAUCUCGAGGCUACCCUCUCAAACGUUCGUAGGCUUAUCAAGCCCGGUGGUUACCUGAUCAUGUUGGAGAUCACAAACCCCGAUGUUAUGCGCUUCGGCCUCAUUCUUGGUGGCCUACCUGGUUGGUGGCGGGGCCACGAGGACGGAAGAACACUAUCCCCUUGUGUCAGUGAGAGCAAAUGGGAUCAGCUAAUGCAAAAGGCAAAGUUCUCCGGAUUGGAAGCUCUCGCGCCAUCUUCCUCGACCUCCCUUCUGCCCUUCUCCGCCAUGGCUACCCAGGCCGUCGACGGCCGCAUCAACUACCUCCGUGACCCCUUGGCCCAUAUCCACCAACCACUCGGUGUUGACUCGUUGACAAUUAUUGGAGGGAAGACCCCAUUGACUGCAGCCAUGGCCGUUGACAUCAAGACCGCAGUUAGUCGCCAUUACGGCAACAUCCAUACUGCCAAUUCCUUGAGCGAUAUUGUCUCCGCAGACCUGCCGGUUAUGGGAACCGUCAUCAGUUUGAUCGAGCUUGAUGAGCCGGUUCUCAAGAACAUAACGCCCGAGAACCUUAACUCAUUCCAGGAACUGUUCAAACGGAGCAAGAAUGUACUCUGGCUGGGCCAUGGAGCUCAAGGCGAUAACCCGUACGGCAACAUGUUCACUGGUGUUCAACGUACACUGCUCAUGGAGAUGACCCACCUCCACGUUCACUUCCUCAACCUUCAUUCCUUGCGUGAAGCGGAUGCAAAAACCAUCGCAACAAAGCUCCUCCAUCUAGAGGCUGCCGAAAUUUGGGAUCAGAGUGGCCAACUUGAUGGAAUUCUCUGGUCCAAUGAGCGAGAAAUCGCACUCCAAAACGGAAAGUUCCUGGUUCCUCGUUUCCGUCUCAACUCUUGCCGAAAUGACAGAUACAAUUCUUCCAGGCGGCUCAUAAUUAAAGACGUUGAACGUGCCAAGUCCACUGUGACUAUCCAGCAAUCUGAAAUGGGAUAUCAAAUCGAAGAGAAGGAUAUUACAUCUUCGCUAUCUUUCCCCGAUGGCGUCGAAAUUCAUGUUACACAUUCUUUGCUUCGAGCUGUCCGCAUCACCGAGACAGAGAGUCUGUUCUUGGUUGUUGGAAACAACGCUCGGACUAAGGAGCGAGUGGUUGCUCUGUCGCAUACUUUGGAGUCUCCACUUCAUGUGCCGCAUAGUCUAGCAGUGCGUUGCGGAGAUUCUCAAGAGCAAGCCAUUAGUUCAAUGCUCACCAUCUAUCUGCAUUUCCUGUCUCUCUCCAUGCUGCGGAAGCUUCAACCUGGCACGGCGUUGGCGGUUUUGGAUCCCGACUACUCUCUGUCUCCAGUCAUGACAAAGCAUGCGAACGAAAGGGGCGUACAGCUGGUUCUUCUGACCACGAAGCAAGGUCCUUGCUCCUGGCCAUGGAUCCAAGUCCACCCGAACACCACCAGACGUGAACUGAUCACCAAACUUCCUCGGAAUAUCGCCAGACUUGUCACAGUGGGGGGCAAUGAUGAUGUGCUUUCGGUUCUCAAAGGGUGCCUACCGGCCAUCUAUCCGUUUGAGAAUGAGACAACCCUUACUACGACUUCCUGCCAAUCGCAACUCACUUCUGACAUGGGUCAGUUGUCCAUGCAGCUUCAGAAUGUCUGGAUGAGAGUGCAGUAUGACUUGAUGCCGGUGAACCUGCACAGGUUCGCAUCUUUCAGUCUACAAGACCUCAUUCGCACAAAAGAACCUCUGGCCGAGCAGUCCCUAAUUGCCUGGGGUGAAUCCAAGCUUGCUGUUCAAGUCCGCCCAGCCACCAGACAGGUGAAGUUCUCCAAGGACAAGACUUACUGGCUCGUUGGACUUACGGGUGGACUUGGUCUGUCUCUGUGUCAGUGGAUGGCCAGACAGGGUGCACGGUAUAUCGCACUCUCAAGUCGUAACCCCAAGGUUGAUGACCAGUGGUUGAAGAGGAUGGCUACGGCCAGUUGCACUGUUCGUGUCUUUUCAAAUGACAUCACAAACCGUGAAUCUGUCCAGUCAACCUACCGCCAGAUAUGUGAUAGCAUGCCUCCAAUCGCUGGUGUUGCACAAGGUGCUAUGGUUCUCCAGGAUACGAUGUUCAUUGACCUGGAUCUUCCUCGCCUGGGCAAGGUCCUUCGCCCCAAGGUUGACGGUAGUAUCCUGCUCGACGAGCUAUUCCCAGAAAACACUUUGGACUUCAUGGUCUUCUUCUCAUCAAUGGCUGCGAUGACAGGAAACCCCGGACAGGUGGCGUAUAACGCUGCCAACAUGUUUAUGGCAAGUUUAGCUGCACAACGCCGAAAGCGUGGCUUGGCAGGACAUGCAAUCAACAUCGGUGCCAUUGUCGGUAACGGGUAUGUUACCCGAGAAUUGAACAUGGGCCAACAGUCAUAUCUGUACCGAGUUGGACAUUCUUGGAUGUCCGAGCAAGACUUCCACGAGGUAUUUGCCGAGGGUGUUUUAUCCUGCUUGGAUCGUGUGGGUGCCGCCGAGUUGUGCUCUGGCCUUAGAAUCGAUGAUGAUGAGUCUAAGAGUUGGGUUUCCAACCCCAUGUUCCAGCAUUUGGUCUCCAAGUCGAGCAGCCUUGUUGUCUCUGACAAGAAGGGCAAAUCUGGGAUGUUGAUCAAGACACGCCUGUUUGAGGCGACAUCCAUGCAGGAAGUGAUGGAAAUCUUGAUAGACGGCUUUGUUUUGAAGCUCCAGUCCUCUCUUCAAGCUGAUCCGUCUACUCCCAUGUUAGACAUGAGUCCAGAUGAACUUGGUGUUGACUCUUUGGUCGCCGUUGACCUUCGCUCAUGGUUCCUCAAGGAAUUGGGAGUAGACAUGCCGGUGCUGAAGAUCUUCAAUGCGGCAUCGAUUCGAGAGCUGCUUGCCACAGCUGCCGAGGUCCUUCCGGGGACAUUGAUUCCUAAUCUCACCAACGGUGAUCAGCCCCCUAAAGUUCCAGCGCACCAGCUCGCUCCUGUAGUGCCAGCCGCAAACAUCACUACUGAUAUUUCCGAGGAUGUCCGAACGCCAGAUACAAACGAGACCCUCGAAGCCUUCAAGUUCGCAAUUCCGGACACAGCAAACACGUAUAGUGGCAGCUCAGCAGCUUCUUUGAAUACCAGUGACUCCAAUUCUGAAGAUAAUGCAGACACUUCUUCGUCAAUUUCCACUGAUGACAGUGAGAUGGUGUCCCCAAGUCGCGAAAUUCAAAGGACGGCCUCAAUGUCUUAUGGACAGUCACGGUUUUGGUUUCUGGGCCAUUUAGUCAAGGAUAAGACUGCUUUCAAUAUCACACCGACAUUCGAAUUGACUGGUCGGUUGAAGGUCAAUGACUUUGCUAGAGCCAUUGAGGCUGCUGGUCAGCAUCACGAAGCCUUGCGUACAUUCUUCUUCACUGAUGACAAGCAAAACCAUAUGCAAGGUGUUUGGGCAAAGUCCAACUUGCGCUUGGAACAAUUUGCAAUUUCCAAAAAAAAGGAAGUCGAAGACGCCUCGAAGCAGAUGAAGGCACAUGAGUUUGACCUUGCCAGCGGUGAAAUUAUGCGUGUCCAGCUCCUUUCACUCAGCCCAGAAAAGCACUGGAUGAUCUUCGGUUUCCAUCAUAUCAACAUGGAUGGGAUCAGUUUUGAGGUGUUUUGGUCUGAUGUUGAGAAGGCUUAUCAGGGUAUACCUCUUUCCCAGGACGGUAUUCAAUACCCCGAUUUCACCAUGAGGCAAAUCCGCGAAUAUGAAGAGGGAGACUGGGCAGGUGAGCUGGCUUACUGGCGAGCACAGUAUGUUGAAAUCCCGCCAGCGAUCCCUCUGCUCCCGUUCGCCCUUCAAUCCGUCCGCCCCAAGGUUGCCCGGUUUGGAUCGCAUACUGCUCAAAUGCGUCUUGAUGCCAAUACUUCCGAAGCGAUUGAACGGUGCUGCCGAAUGUUCAAGUCCACGCCUUUUCAUUUCCAUCUGGCGGUCUGGCAGAUUCUACUCUUGCGCUUCUUUGAUUCAGACGAUAUUUGUAUUGGUCUGGGUGAUGGAAACCGCACCGAGGCCGACAUUCUGCGAAGUGUUGGAUUGUUCUUGAACCUCCUUCCUGUUAAAUUCUCCCAGCACCCAGGUCAAUCCUUCGGAGAAUCUCUGAAAGACGUUCGGAACAUCACACAGGGCGCAUUUGCGCAUUCGCGUGUGCCAUUUGAUCUGAUUCUGACGGAACUUGACGUUCCGCGAUCCGCCUCCCACAAUCCUCUUUGCCAGGCCAUGUUCAACUACCGUCCUAAAAUUGAGCAGUCCAGGAGUUUCUGCGGAUGCCUUGCUGAUGGUGCACUUUUGGGCGGUGGUGAGACUUCAUUUGAUCUCAGUCUGGAUGUUGCCAAUGUGGGCGCAGGCGAGACCCUCAUUCACCUGUCUGUCCAGGAAAUUCUCUAUAGUAUGGAUCACGCUGAAAUUCUACUUCGGUCUUACUCCAAUCUGGUUCAAUCUUUUCUGCAGAACCCAGCUACCCGAGUGACUUGGCCAGGACCCGAGCUUCGAGAGGAAUGGCCGACCACUAUUGUUCACCGCUUGGAUGAGAUGGUUAAUCUCUAUCCCAACCGCAUCGCUUUGAAGAAUCAUGAUGGAACUUCAAUCACAUACACCCAGGUCAAGCGUCGCGUCGAUAUGAUUGCCAACGAGCUACUUAGCAACGGAGUGAGUCCUGGCACCCGUGUCGGGGUUCUCCAGGCUCCAAGCGCAGACUGGAUUUGCUCUCUUAUAGCCAUUCUCCGUGUCGGUGGCGUCUACAUUCCACUUGACAAGAAGGUAGGAAUGGAAAGAUUGGCAAUGAUCAUGAAAGAAACCAAUGCCCCCGUUGUUCUGCUUGAUACCGCAACCAUAUCAGACUAUGGCCUCUUGUACACAAAGGCCGAGCCGAUUGAUGUGCGUAACCUGCGCGAGUUUACUGCAACCUCUGUCUCCAAUAUGGCAGCACCAGAUGAUACCGCAGUCAUCAUGUAUACCAGUGGAUCCACCGGGAUCCCCAAGGGUCUUAUGAUCUCCCAUUCGGCAUACAUCCAUCAUGUCCAAGCAUCUAGUGCAAAGUGGAAUGUCAGGCAAGGAGACGAGACUAUCCUGCAUCAGUCAUCCUACGCAUGGGAUGCGUCUCUGUGGCAGAUCAUGGUCUCGCUCUGCAAUGGGGCAACACUCGUGAUCGCAUCCAGCCACGCAAGAGGUGAUCCCGUUGCUCUCACCGAACUUAUCGCUUCCGAAGAUGUGACUCUCACCCUUGCAACUCCGACGGAAUAUCUCGCUUGGAUGCAACACGGUCACUCCAACUUGACUAACUCCUGCUUGAGAACCGCUAUCUGUGGAGGUGAAUUUGUGUCAAGUGGCCUGAUCGAGGAGUUCAAAGCGCUACAACAACCUGGACUGACGUUGAUCAAUGGCUACGGGCCGGCGGAGAUUGCCAUCGCCUGUUCUGGUACCCACAUUCCAUUGGAUUCGACCGCUGCUUCUUCUGUGCAAGCCCUCUUUACAUUGCCAAACUACUCCGUCUACAUUGUUGACCAAAGCUUCAACCCUGUGCCGGUUGGAGUCCCUGGUGAAGUGGUUAUUGGGGGCGCUGGAGUCGCCCAGGGCUACCUCGAUAACGUGAAGACAAAUGACCGCUUUGCACUUGAUCGAUAUGCAAGCCCCUUUUUCAAGGAAAAACACUGGACAACAAUCCAUCGAAGUGGAGAUCGCGGCAAGCUCACCCGGAGCGGUGGAUUGGUACUCCUGGGGCGCAUGGAUGGUGAUAAUCAAAUCAAGCUGAGAGGCAUGCGGAUCAACGUCGAGGAGAUCGAGAAGGCAAUUGUCAAUUCUUCCGCCGGAGUUAUUGCCCAGGCUGUGGUAUCUGUCCGUUCCGAUGCCGGGCACAGCUCGGAUAAAUUUCUCGUUGCCUUUGCUGUGAUGACAGCUGCAGAUAAGGCCGAAAACGCACUCAGAUUCCUCAAGCGCCUUGCCCGGGAGCUACCUUUGCCACAGCAUAUGCGACCAGCUGCUCUAAUCCCCAUCGAGACUAUUCCUCAGAAUACCUCCGGCAAAACCGACCGCGCCGCGGUCAGCUUACUCCCCAUUCCAUCUAUGGCAUCCCAACAUGUAAAUGAUGACACUCUCAAGGAAUCUGAGCAGUCACUGCGCCAGCUUUGGAAACAGGCUCUUCCACGAGAGCUUGCCAGCUAUCAUUCAAUUGAGGCCAAGUCAGACUUCUUUCAUGUCGGUGGAACUUCGCUCGCCCUUGUUGAUCUCCAAGCUCUGAUAAAAGAACGCCUGGGGCUAUCCAUGGCUCUGCACCAACUUUUUGAGUCAAGCACACUCCGAGGCAUGGCUGCAACCAUUGAAGAUUUGUCCUACCCCGGACAAGAGUUGGAAGUUGAUUGGAAAACUGAAGUUGAGAUUGAUUCCAGUCUUGCUUUGUCUCUGAGCGGUGGGGCUACCCACAUUAUUCCCUCUGGUGUUAGAGUCGUGGUGCUUACCGGGGCUACUGGUUUCCUUGGCAAGGAGCUCCUCCGGUUGCUCUUGAAUGACACCGACGUUGUCUCUAUCCAUUGUCUGGCUGUCAGAAAAGAAUCCUCCGAGCUCCCAGAGAUCUUCUCCCACCCGAAGGUUCAUCUGCACAAGGGCAAUUUGGGAGCUUCUCGGCUGGGACUCUCAAAUUCUGAUUCCAGCUCAAUCUUUUCUUGUGCAGACAUCGUGAUUCACAAUGGUGCCGAUGUCUCAUUCAUGAAAAGCUACCAGACCCUCAAACUGAUAAACGUGGCAUCCACCAAGGAACUUGUCAAACUCGCCUUGCCUCGGCGUAUUCCUUUCCACUUUGUCUCCACAGCCGGUGUCGCUCGUCUUGCUGGACAGGAGAGCUUCGGGGAAUUGUCUGUGGCAUCGUUCCCACCUCCAUCAACCCCGAACGAUGGGUACAUUGCCGCGAAAUGGGUGAGUGAGGUAUAUCUGGAGAACAUCCAAAGACAAUUCGGUCUUCCUGUGUGGAUUCAUCGUCCAUCUAGCAUCACUGGUGCCGAUGCACCAGAGCUUGACCUGAUGGGCAAUGUCAUUCAAUACAUCAAGGAAACCGGCAAAGUGCCGGACUCGAGCUCAUGGUCUGGGGUCUUUGAUCUCAUAUCUGUCGAAUCUGUUGCGAGUCAACUUCUCGAGGCCGUGCACGAAUCCAGUCUCAGUCAUUCACAGGCAGUCAAAUAUUUGUAUGAGUCUGGUGAGAUGCAACUUGGACAGGAGGACAUUAUGCCCUUGAUGGAAUUGGGAACUGGCCAAGAGUUCCAGACUGUUACUAUAGAAGAGUGGGUGACCUAUGCCGAGCAAGCAGGAAUGAGUCGAUUGCUGGCAGCGUAUCUCCGCACAGCAUCGGAUGGACAAGUGCUUCUUCCUAAAUUGGUGAAAAGCACAGAUGUUACUGGAAGUCAUUGA